AUCGUUAUCGUCAAGCCAUUUCCAAAUUGUUAAUCCAUCAAAAUUGCCAUAUUGGCGUUAUUACAAUCUUUACUACUUUCGAUAGUAGUAGCUGGCCUAUCUUAUUACGUUUAUUUCAUUGUUAAGCGAGAACGAAGGAAAUGGUAUCCAAGUCUAGCUAAGCAACCUAUUAAAACGAUCAUGGCUACGAGUGCAUCCGAAGCGUCAAAGAGUAUUCGCCUUCAUCAUAAAAGAGCUUUUGAACUCAUCUCCAGUGCAUUACAAUUAGAAGAGACUGGAGGAUCCAAGGAACAAGCGGCACAGUUAUACCGUGAUGGCAUUUUAGAACUACAAUUAGGUGCUUCAAUUGAUUAUAUUGCAUCCGAUGCUUCUACUAAUGAGGAGUGGCUAAAGGCUUCAAAAAUUCGUGAUAAAAUGAUUGAAAAUUUAGCUAACGCACAGGAACGCUUAGAAGAAUUAGAAAAGUCAAUGUACAAUUCGUAUACAACUCCACCUAAAAUUGACAGCCCUACUGUUACGAAAGAGAAUGGCAAAAAAGGAUUAUUAUCUAGGUUAAUGAGUAAUAUGAGUAAUGACAACGGCUCAGUUGAUGCAACGACGCCUGCCGAAAAAUCAACUGGUUUACCUGUCAAUUCUUAUAAAAAUCUGAAGCCAUCAAAACGCAAUAUGCCCGCUGCAAAGUUAACACAGUCUCGCCCAAUAAACCGUACAUCGGCAACAUCGUCUGCGGCAGUUAGUAAAACCAGAUCUGCUGCAAGCAAAGCACCCAGUAAACCGCCUAGUACCAUCAAAAGUACUGCCAGUCGUGACGUUGCUCCUAGUUCUGCUGCUAAUAGCCAAUCCAAGAAUAUAAUCGCCAAUUUAAAAAAUGUUGAUUCUGCUAUAGCUCAAAAGAUAUUAAACGAAAUUGUAGACGACAAACCUGGCGUCAAUUUUAAUGAUAUAGCUGGUUUGGAGCUCGCAAAACAAGCACUUAACGAAAUCGUUAUCCUUCCCUCAUUGAGACCAGAGCUCUUUACUGGCUUACGAGCACCAGCCCGCGGCCUCUUGCUUUUUGGACCACCAGGGAAUGGUAAAACUAUGCUGGCGAAAGCAGUAGCAAGCGAAGCUAAAGCUAAAUUUUUCAAUAUAAGUGCAUCAUCGUUAACAUCAAAAUAUGUUGGAGAAAGUGAAAAAUUAGUUCGCGCACUCUUUUCUGUCGCUCGUGAAUUACAGCCUGCAAUUAUUUUCAUUGACGAAGUAGAUUCAUUACUUUGCGAAAGAAAAGAUGGAGAAAAUGAGUCUAGUCGGAGACUUAAAACGGAAUUUUUAAUUGCCUUCGAUGGGGUAAUGGCGUCUAGCGAAGAACGUAUCUUAGUGAUGGGUGCUACGAAUAGACCACAAGAACUUGAUGACGCUGCUCUUCGGUUGAGUACAAAUGAGUUAAGAUAUACCGAAAGAUCUAUGCGUUUAGUAAAAAGAGUCUACGUUCCGCUACCCAGUUUUGAGACGAGAAAGCAACUCUUUGAGAAAUUGCUUGCUAAACAUUCUUGUCCGCUUAACAAGCGAGAUAUUGGUCAGCUUGCAAGACUUACCGAAGGUUACUCAUGUAGCGACUUAACGGCGUUGGCUAGGGAUGCCGCUUUAGGACCAAUAAGAGAAUUAAGUCCUACCCAAGUGCAAUCAGUCGCUGUUAAUCAGAUGCGAAAUAUUGUGUUAAAAGAUUUCAUGGAUUCCCUAAAAAGAAUUCGCAAAAGUGUACCUCCUGGUUCCAUUGCCCAAUUUGAAAGUUGGAAUAGUGAAUAUGGAGUGUCAUCAUAG